AGCUUGCCCAGACACUGGUGAGAGCUUCAUGAUUACGAAAUACGGGGUGGACACUCCACGACAGUUUCUUAUCCAACUCUCGUACUGCUGUGCUCAAAGUCUUUAUUUUAUUUCCGUAUUGAAAUGUGCUGGGGGCAACAGGCACAAUGAGAAAAGCGCUGUUUCGCGUUUGUCUGACUUUCGCUUUUCUGUGGACGUCUUCGGCUGAAUCUGGAGGUCCGGUCGUGUCCACCCGAUACGGGAGUCUGAAAGGGACGUACUCCAGGGUGAAGGGCACAGACAAAGUUGUUCACGGAUACCUGGGGAUUCCUUUUGCAAAACCACCUGUUGGGGCUUUAAGGCUGUCGGCACCACAGCCUCCAGAGCCAUGGGAAGGACUGAGAGAUGCAACCAAACAGCCCUCUAUGUGUAUUCAAGAUGUGGAGAAUAUAAAAACAGGAUUAAAAGAAAUCUUCAUAGAUUUCCCUGUGCUUGGCAUUUCGGAGGAUUGUCUGUAUCUCAACAUACACACUCCAGCAAAGCCCUCUGAAGAGGCCAAGUUACCUGUCAUGGUCUGGAUUCACGGGGGCGGCCUCAGGUUUGGGGCUGCCUCCCUGUACGACGGCUCAGUGCUGGCUGCUUACGAGGACGUGCUGGUGGUUGUGAUCCAGUAUCGUCUCGGACCUCUUGGGUUCUUAAGCACAGGUGAUGAACAUGCCAAAGGGAACUGGGGUUUCUUAGACCAGAUCGCCGCCCUUCAAUGGGUUCAAGAGAAUAUAAAGAGUUUUGGAGGAGAUCCAGGGUCUGUUACUCUGUUUGGAGAAUCUGCUGGGGGGAUCAGUGUUUCCACACUUAUUUUGUCUCCCUUGACAUCAGGGCUCUUUCACAGAGCAAUCCCUCAAAGUGGAGUGGCACUGUUACCCAUGAUUUUCACUUCGAAUCCUCUUCCUGGUACGAAGGUGUUUGCAAAAGGACUAGGUUGUGAUGACAGUGACUCUGAGCAAAUUGUCAAGUGUGUGAUGCAGAAGACUGAAGAGGAGAUUCUAAAAGCCCCUGGAGAAGAGAAUGUAAUAUUUGGGACAGUGGACGGAGUGUUUCUGCCCCAUCCAGUGGAGAAUCUUUUCCAAGACAAAGUCUUCCACAAGGUGCCCAUCCUGCUGGGAGUGACGAAUCAUGAAGGAGGCUGGUUGUUGCCCAACAUAAUGGCUCCCCCUGGCUGGGAGAAGGGCCUGGACAAAGAGCAGCUGAUGGCAAUCUUGAAGAAAAUCUUCCGAUCAGAGAUUACAGGUCAAGAAAUGCUUGAGCUCAUUGCAGAUGAAUAUCUGGGACAGACCGAAGACCCUGAGGAAAUUAGAAAUGCCUUCACUGAGAUUCUCGGAGAUAUGAUCAUGGUUGUCCCAACUGUUAAAGUUGCUAAUUUCCACAAAGAAGCUGGGGUGCCUGUAUACCUGUAUGAAUAUCAGCAUCGCCCCAGCUUGUAUAAAGACACAAGACCCAGCUUUGUAAAAGCAGACCACUCUGAUGAAAUUGGGUUUGUUUUUGGAGGCUGUUUCUGGAAUGGAGAAGUUAAGAUUAAAGGCACUGUGACUGAGGAAGAAGUUAAGCUGUGCAGGACGAUGAUGGCUUACUGGGCUAACUUUGCUCGUAAUGGGUCGCCCAAUGGCGAGGGCCUGGAGCCCUGGCCUCAGUAUGGCAAGGAUGAGGAGUACCUGGCCCUUGGGCUGCAGCAGAAGACUGCCAGGAGACUGAAGGAGGGCAGAGUGAAGUUCAUGACCCAAACCCUGCCUGCAAAACUGAAGGCACUGAGGGAGCAGAGCACCGAACACCCGGAACUGUAGAUCUGUGGGGUUUAACUGGAAAGAUCUCCAACUUCAAUACAUACAUUGAACAAUAAUAAUACACAUUAAUAAUACAACUCCAAAAGGAGCACAACCUGCAUUGUAUCAUCACUCAAGUUUUUAAAACAAUAAAUUUUAAUUUUAAUAACUAUG